UAUGGCUAUCAAGCCGGAAAGGUGCAUACUGGCGCAAAAAAGUGUCUCAUGGCAACAAGACAAUUAGCUCUCCACUAACACGUCCUACAUGGUCUAGUACACACUUCUCAAAUAACAACACCGCGUUAAUUAAUUAAUCUACAUCGCCAGGAAGACACAGGUUAAACCUUUUUCAGAAACGUAAGGGUAAGACGCUAAGAUAUGUUAUCAAUCAAGAUCAAAAGUAGAAAACCUCUGCUGGUUAUUUCUGUUGCAGAGUACAAGGCGAAAACGUUUUUCACGUGGGUCAACCGCGUCUAGUGAGCAAGGUAAGAGCCAGAACGACUAAAACUUCCAUGAAGGCCUUCGUGACAUUUAAGUAACAGAUUUAACGUUUCGCGUUGCGAUUUGAAUUACACUAAGAAUGAAAUAACAGCGGUCUUUACUUCCACAUCAUUCUUGCGUGAAGUUUAGUUAAGUUUUAACCAAAGCCUUCUUUGCUUUUUGUUAGGGCCACAGUUCAAGGACGAUUUCCGCUCUCAGAAAUAACAUGAAGUGUAGAUCAACGAUGGAUGACGCUUCUGCUUCCUAGGCCUAUAACAUGAUACGGAAUUGUUUAUUGCAAUAAUAAAAGUGUCAUUAAACUGUCAUCUUUGUGACAGCAUAAAUCUAUACACUUGAUGACACGUAGCCAAUGAAAAUUGUGAGGGUUACAUUAACACAAUGACCGUGUUGCGCGCGAAAAAUACUGUAUUGUUUAAUAGCGGUUUUCUCUGUUUUUGAACCCGCCUCCUGAAUUUUAAGGCACCUUUGCGCAUGUCGUAUAUACUGACGUAAGUGAAUAAAUGCCUAACGAAGCAUUUUUCGGCAAUAGAUAGUCCUGGAGUGCGAAAGACAAUUUCUUUCAUUUUUCGACGCGCAAAUCAAGGACUAAAUACAGACCAAUAUGGCAUAUUACCAAGCCCCAGAGCCCUUUUACUACAGCAAGGAGGAAGUUAUGGACAUACGCAAUCCUUAUUCAAAUGCGAGGCGAAAUGUAACACUUACUUACAAUCCUUCCUCAGGUCAGUUUCCAUCUCAUUCAGUACAUUUCACUAAAGAUCUAAAGGACUUCAAGAUACGUACGGCUGCGUUCAGUAAAUCUUUACUGAAAGUAAAUCUUUCUCUUAGGUUUCCAUGCGAGGAAUGGAAGAGUAACAAACAUUCAGAUAACAGUAGAGGCUAACAAUGGAGAAACGUUCAUCAUAAAUCGUCGCCCAAAUGGAGGUAAAUAUACAUGAAUAUCGACAAUAGGUACCCUAUCCACAGUUCAAACGGACCUCGACACUCGACAAUGUAUUCUAAUAUUUGCCAAUAGCUUCGCCGUAGUUUGGUUUGUUCCCUAGCUGAUAGAGCCCGAUUAAAAAACAAGAUGCUGGGUAAAUCCUUCAUCACCUGCUCACGUCCAAUACGACAUUCUGACACAUUUUUCAUGUUGUUUUGAGCUUUCAAAGUAAUGUAUCAAUGUGCAAUUUGCUUUACGACGAUGCGUAUUAUUUGAUUUAGAGGCAAGAAAAGCACCACUAAAAUUCUCAUUAAAUGCUCUAAUGUAAAGAUUGAAUUAAGUUGUAACUUUAUAUUGCUUACAGUGUACCAGGCAGGCAAUCGCUGGACGGAGGUAACUCCCCGCUAACGAUAAGAAGUUUGUUAUGAACAAGGUGAGAGGAGGAGACAUUUUGCCUAUCGGGGUCCUUUUACUACCAUUUGCGUUGAGCCAUUCCACCAGCAGGACAAGUUUAGCUUAAGAGAGGUUACAGGAAAAUCAUAUGUUCGAUUCCUUUAGUCCUUUAACACUUAUCAAACGGGCUUUCGACUAAAAUAGCAUAAAACCGUCCGCAAAAGAGAACACUCAACAGUUGCGAAUCGAAUGAUCACAUACCUGAGCUUCAUUCAUACUGCCAAACCUUAAGGCUAUCUUGUACGGCAUAGCAUGGAUAACAACAGAAAAGUAACUUAUUAGCUUUAACUCAAACGGUUACACUAAGAAAUCCAUCCACAGACUCAGCAGUUAAGACCACCUUUAAGAACACAGUGAAAAGUACCACAGAAAAGUACUGUUCAGUGGCUUUCAUUUAGUUUGAAAGUUAACACUUUCAUUUUCGUUGCAAUGAUAACAUGUACAGUUAGUGAAAAAUAAAAAAAAUAAUUGCACCAAAUACAUGCUCGCCUAUAUACUGACUAUACAGGUCACUCAACCACCUUGUACAGCAAAAUAAACAGUACCACAGAAAAAGUGCUGCUUAGUAACUUUUACGUAGUAUUUCACCCACUGACCCAAAAGUUAGAACCACCUUGUUCAGCAUAAUAAACAGCACCAGAGGAAAGUACUACUCAGUAGCUUUCAUUUGAAUGGUCACACUUUAGGAUUUCAUCCACAGACAGAAAAGUUGGAACCACCUUGUACAGCAUGAUAAAUAGCACCACAGGAAAUUAUUGCUCAGUAGCUUUCAUUUGAGUGGUCACACUUAAGGAUUACAAAGCGUUUAAUGCUGUUUAAAAAAAUUAUCUUUUCAGGAAAACAUUUCUUUUAAUGAUUUAAUCCUCUUUUAUUUGUUUACAGAAAGCCAAGAAAUGCUGUAUCCAGAAAUGUGAUAAAGAUUUAUAAAUCGUUAAAGUAGAUGUAAAAGUAGAAAUAACUAAAAAAGCUUGACUGUUUGAUCAAGAUGCAAUAAAAGUAAACUUUCUUUAAAGGGCUGCUGCGACUGAUUUUCUCAGUAAGACUUUAUUCGGUAAACGAGAUAAGGCUUCCAAGGUCUUAGACCUAGUACCCACUGAAUACAAUUAGCAUUCUACUCUACAGGGGAAACUGUGAAUUCAAAAUAAAUAAAUCGAUAGCGGGAUACGGAUGUGCGCUUGAUACUGGACCAUAUACUAAACAAACAAAAACACAAUGAUGGAAAAACUAGGCACAAGUGAUCACAAAAUAGCACAAAUGAAAGCACGGGGCAGUCAAACUGAGGUCUACGUCGAUGUUAGGGCAAAACCUUUGUUUACUACUUCUGCGCUAAAUUGGGUAGAGCUUUCAUUAUAAACCAAAUCACGAACAUUACACAGCCACCAACGAGAGAUUACCGCAAACCAAACAAGAGAGAAAUGGGCACAUGAAAGGCGCACACGCGAGAAAGUUUAAUCCGGGAAGCCAAUCAUAAACAAAAACGUAUUGGUUUCCUUUCUGCAGAUUAUCAAUUACCAGUAGGUCCGCCAGGCCUUAUUUUAAAGUUAGUGAUUUCUAAGGAGGCAAGGGAAGGCCGCGAUUUUUACAAACAAAUUGGUGUACAAUGUCUGCUAUACAGACUCCCGACUUUAGGGUAGAAUCAUGUGAAAUCGUUGAUAUUUACAAAAAAAAUAACAAUACCAAACGGCAUUGAAAGCCAUGAGUACAAACUAACGAUAUUCUUCAAGUCCAAUGGAGGUGACUACUAGUACUGGUUCCUUUAAGGAAAGAAAAGCGUAAAAGCUAUUAACAAGCAAAAAUAUUGUUUAUACACUCGAGAGUUGACAGUCCAUGGAGGUUGCUUGUUGUUUAGUGAACGACGACCAGAAAGGCAGUAAGGAUGGUCAUCUAGCCCCAACAUGUUCUAUAGAUAUUUCAAAAUUGUAACACCAGAUCGCAGUUUUAUUGAAUUUGAGCGACGACUUGGAGAAGAUAAUUUGUAUACAACUUUUUAGCUGACAUUCAAUUUACCUUAGACCUUUCAGGCAACCUUUCUGCCUUUCGCUUGCCUCCACUUCAGUGGCAAUUUAUGUAUUUUCAUGGCAACAUUAUUGUCGACAUUUAAGGCAACUCACGAACAGAUGAAGAGCACUGUCUUGACUGUCUAAUUAAUUCAAAUGUUUUAAAAGCCACAGAUUACGGUAAGAGACAAGACGUUUUCUGAUAGCAAGGAUACGGAGUGCUCCCACAGUACAGGAUGCUCAGCAGCGGUUACGUCUUUGGACAAGUUGAUAAAGUCUGGACUUAACGAGGUGAAAAAAUUAAAAUUGAUCAUAUUUUGUUGAAAUCUUUCAGCUGCAGCUUUGUAUGUAAUAAGAUUUCAGUUCCAUGAGAUUCUUCGUCUAAAAAUACAGCAUGUUUCUACAAGCAAAAUAAGCAAAAGAAAUAUUUAUGCUAAGCUUUUUUCUGUCUGAAUAGUCUGAGUGAUAGAAGAAGUAAUAAUGUCAAUGUUUACAACCCAUCGAGUGAUAAAUAACCGUUUCAUAGCAAAAGAUUCCACAAUCCAAUCAAAUUCCACGUGUUCCUGUUCUUUGCAGCCGCCAUGCUGGUGUUCCUUCGACGCAAACGAAGAUGGCACCGAGGUAUCAAUAUGUAUUACACCAAUUUCUUUACCUCAUCAGCUUCAAGGCGGCUGUUCGAGGCUGGAGAAAAGGGCGAACAACAACGUCCAUUUUUAAAUCUUGACUGUAGUAUUCAAUAAAUAUAAUCGUUUUUGUAUCUAUACUGAUGGUUAUUGAUUGCAUUCACUGCUCAUUACAUACCAUAAAUACCUUCUGCAAUGCAUAACACAAAAGCUGAAUGAUUGAAAUGCUUUCCAGAAAGCAAAAAAAAAUAGAAAUAGAGAAGCAAAGGUGAAAACGAAAUUUCGACGCAGUUUGAAACAUUUUGAGAGCAUGCCGGAGUUGAAGAGAUCAGCUGUUGUUUAAUCUUAACCUUCGUUUACUACUCUCAUUCUCGGUGCUGAAUGAAAUGAAUCGGACAAAUUUACCACUCUCCUUUAAUGAUUACUGCAAGAUUAGUGCAGUUCAGCUCUGCCAAAAUUCCCAAAUGUAAAAGAGAUGUAUUGCGAGUCGCAAACUCAAAAUUCUUUUUCUCUCAACUACUUAACUCCUCUCUUCUCCCUCUCUGGCUACUCAUAUUAAUGUUGGCAAAUUCUUGCACAAUAAUUACUCGAUAGUGAUAAAAGCGUUCGUUCUUUCAACAUGAAAUCUCAGACCUACUUCAUAGCGCGUCGCCGGAUUCCAAAGAAAUUUGAGAAAUCAAAUAGCGAGAAAGCGAAGAAAUGGAACUGAAUAAAGCGGAAAAGGUUGCAAUUACUUGUAAGUUGACUUCGUAUCUGAUAAAAGCGCGAGUAACCAAGAUCAAUGGCACAAGAAAUUAAAAUCUCAAGGUUGGGCCUUUAUUGUAAAAAUGUAUCUAAUGAUAUAUCUUAAAAUGUAUCUAUUUCAUUCCACCCGAACAACUCGUUUCCAGUGUCUCUCUGACGACACACCGCACAUAUAAAUGGUGACACUGAUCGAAAAAAGUAUUCUAGGAUAGAUAAACUCGUGGUUUAAGUACACGCGCGUUCACCGACUAGACGCAGAAGAAAGACUAUAAGUUAAAAUUACAGUAGGAAAGAAAGUUUAACAAGAUGUCAGGUCGCUCAAACCGAGAGCCAAGCCACGAGGAGGUGGUACAUCUCACUACAAAUUCUCUCUAUGGGCCUGAGUUUAGAAUGACUUUCAAUCCGACACGAGGUAAGAUCCUAGCACUAUAUUACUUUGAGGCUAAACGAACAUAAGUUGCUUAUACAAUGAAAUCUUUCUCUCGUUCAGGCCAAUUCAGAGUUAACAACGGUUCAAUCGUAAGUGUUAACACCGAAACCACCAUCAAAGUUCGGGCAAAUGGACAGACUUUCACAAUCACGCGAGACCAAGACGGACGUAAGUAUGGGCUCUGAUUUUCGCAAAUGCCUACAAUCAAAAGGCCUUAGAAUCUAAGUUAACUAGCGUAAAAAUUUCUCCAUAACCAACUCUUCAACAAUUGUAGAUGGACUACUUGUUCAAAAAUAAAACAUCAGUCAGAACAUUGAUCUCACAAAGACUUGUGAUCUCUGUAUGCUAUCUGUCAUACUUAUAAUAUCCGAUCCUCCACAGAUACAUCCAUACGGUCAUAUAACACGACUAGAACAGAGAUAAUAGUUUCUUCAUGACUAAGUUAAACAAAGAGUGCUUCGACUAGAAACUAAGAACGAUAUUCUCUGACGUAAUAUUCUUCGUUAUUCUCCCAUUCAGAUUAUCGCUCGCACACUCCGGGAGCACGAAUUAUUCAUCAUUAAAGGUAAAAACCUAGAAUAAACUUUAUCUUUGACAAGUUACGUGUGUAGUCAACAUUUGUAUUUUUCUCCUGUGAUAUCAUUGACGUGGAUGCCUCAACGACAUUUAUCAAGGAGAGGCAAAAGUUACUUUUAAACAAGUUAAGCAUCUACAGACCUAAAUAACCACCUUGAACAGCAUAAAAAAAUGCAACAUCAUUUUUUUUUAUCAACAGCCUCAGCUCAAGAAUAGAGGUUCGCACGGAGAGAAUGUCUACGGUGCAGCAGCAACAAGUAGUUUUAAAUUGAAUAAGAGAGAACAUUACCAGUUGUAAGGUCGUUGUCUUAAAAUAAAUGUAAG